UGACCACCGGAGUAUAUUUUAGUUUUGGUGUGUAGCUGAGGUAUGAAUUUAAUUUGUUAACGAGGGAGAUGCUCUAAGCCGGAACUCUCAAUGCAGCAAGCCAACCCAGUCGAUCACGUGAAAUGCGCGUGAUUUAGGGUUUUAGAUUUUCUCUUUCCGCCUAAACUCAUUCAAGAAAAAUUAGCCAUUUCUGAAAUGAGAUGAAAUGAAGAAAGCAUUCCAUCGCCUUCUGCUACAUCGUGUUCGAUCUUCUAAAAGAAACACCAAGUUAUGAGCAAGAUGAGACCUGUCUUCUCCAGGCCUCUUUUUACCAUCAUCCUCCACUCUAAGAACGACUCCGCCAUAAUCACUAGAAAAAAGCUUUUCCAAUUCGCCCCUUUCUCCACCGCCACAUCCCAAUCCUCACAUCACUCUUCCUACCAAUCUCGACGGAAUGAAGAAGAUGUACGUAACGUUAAGGUUUCUGUUUGGUGGGAUUUCGAGAAUUGUACAUUGCCGCCCGGCGUCAAUGUGUUCAGGGUCGCCCAUAGCAUCACUGCCGCCGUCAGGGCAAGCGGCAUCAAGGGUCCCAUCCAAAUCACCGCGUUCGGUGAUAUAGUUCAGCUCCCGAGAGCCAAUCAGGAGGCACUGUCUUCUACCGGAAUCAACCUCACUCACAUACCUAAUGGUGGAAAGAGCAGUGCAGAUAGAUCUCUUCUUGUGGAUCUUAUGUAUUGGGUAUCCCAAAACCCACCACCGGCACACCUUUUCUUGAUCUCUGGUGAUAGUGGGUUUGCUGGUGUGUUACACCGGCUAAGAAUGAAUAACUACAACAUAUUGCUUGCUGGUCCAGAAAAGGUGUCCGGCUCUCUAUACAGUGCUGCCAGUAUAAUGUGGCAAUGGAAUGCUUUGCUCAGAGGUGAGGACCUUACUGGAAAACACUUUAAUCAUCCACCAGAUGGCCCCUAUGGUUCUUGGUAUGGACAUUACAAGGCACCCCUUGAAGACCCCUUUGCUGUUAUGGAGUCACCCCAUACUGAGGACCCAUCAUCCGAUUCCAAGUCAGAUCCAAAUCCCCGCCCAAUCCCAAAGGCAGUAUUGAAGUAUAUUCGCCAUAUCUUGGGCUCAAAUUCCAAAGGAAUUCUUAUUACAGAUCUUCGUGCUGAACUGGCAAAAAGUAAUCUGAGUAUUGAUAAAGACUUCUAUGGGUAUAAAAAGUUUUCUCGUUUUCUCUUAUCCAUGCCACAAAUUUUAAAGCUACAACCGAGUGGUAAUCAACUUCUGGUUCAUGGUGUAAAUUCAAAAACUUCUGAGCAAAAUGAGUGUGGAUCAUUAGGCAUACCUGUUGACCCAACUGGGAUCGUAGGAGAGUCACAGAGUGCUGUUUCUCGUAAUAGACCGAACAACACUAAUAUAUCUUCUGCUGAAAGCUCAACCGGAACGGUAUUACCAACUCCUUACUCUGUACAAAAGGUGGAAACCAUGUCACAAAAAGUGCAAGAUCCCUCUACUAAAGUCAUACAAUGUCCUUUGCCGAAGGCACAAGAACAUUCUAUAACAGAGAAGACACCCCUUGCAAGAAUAAAUGUUACAAAGACUGAAGUAAGUGGGAGCCAGUUGCAUAGUACAGAGGAUAGUAGCUCCCAUGUGCACUCACAAGGGAUUUUAAAAGGAUUUUGGAGAAAGUGGUUUGGGGCUAGAGAAAACGAUGCAAAAGAGGUAAGCUCUAACAGCUCUGAUGAGAUACCUGCUGAACAGAAAAAAGUUAAGGAACCAGAUGUGAAAUUGAUGAGUCCGUCCGAAAACAUCAAAAGCUUAGAUCAUUCUUUGCAUUCUGGAGCUGAAGAAAAAAUAGAUGACAAAACCACAGCGAGUUCUCAUCAAUACAUUGUAGAUAAGUCCAGCAGAGAAUCUGGAUUUUUUAAUCGUAUUUGGAGUUGGUUUGGAUCUCGGAAAAGUCCAUGUCACGAAGAUAACUCAAAUCCAGAACCUGACAAGAAAACCACCGAAGAUAAACCAGGUUCCCUAACACAUGAGAUUUUUUCAAAGGAUUCAUUCUGGAAGGAUAUGGAGGCUUUCCUGGAUUCAAAACAAGGUUCUACCCUUGUUAUACAUUCAAGGACUAGGUUGCAGUUGUCACAGAAUCUUAAAGCUCAUGGUCCUUCAGUUCUCAGAUCUCUUUGUGACAGUGAUCUUCUUCAUCUGGUAGACUUGUUGAUAUCAGAUAAGAAGUGGGUGGAAGAACGCAUCCAUAGGACCUUCCCUUUCAAGCUAUCUCAGCCUGCUGUAAAAGCAGUAGUAAAUGAUGCUUCUUCCCACAGCUCAACUGGGCUGAGUGGGCUGUUUCAACACACCCAUCCCCUAACUAAUAGUUUGGAAAAGUCACAGGAACAAGAUGGAGAGAAUAAUAAACGCCAAAACCCUCCAAAUUCAGUCUCUCCACCUAUUUUGGAAGAGAGCUCCUUUGGCGGCAAGUCUAGAAAUGAUAUACUCAUUGACUGUAUGAAGCUUGUGCAGGAUGUCGUGAAGGAAUACCCAGAAGGGUACAAUGUAGGAUCCUUCAGGAAGCUUUUCCUUGAAACACAUGGGUAUUCGCUGGAUUUGCAGAAGCUUGGAUAUCAGAAGUUGGUGAACCUUCUUAAUAUAAUUCCUGGGAUAAGAGUGGAGUCAAACCAUAUCAUUCCUUCUGGUAAAGUGGUUCCAGAAAGUCCAACUACUGAUGAGUUUUGUUUUAAAGAAAGCAGUUCUGAUAGAAAAAUGCUGCUAGAUGCUUCAAGGAAGAAGGUUGAUUAUGAUGUUGGUUGCUACUCUACCUGGGCAGAGGAGCUUGGGCCAAUUUCAAAAAAAAAGACAAAGAAGGUUGAUGAGAUUGAGUACGAACCGCUGUCAGAUGACGAUGAUGAUGGUUUUUCAGACUUGGAUGAAGAGAAGACAAAACCUGAAGAAACUUCCAGAAAAGCUGUUGGAACAAGUAAGGAGGAAGAGAGCUCUUUGUUACAGAUCCUUGAUUCGUGGUACAGUAGGAAGGAGGGAAUUGUUGAUGAUGGGGAGGUGACGGUUGUUGAAUGCUCCUCAAAGCCGCUGUCUUCUUCAUCUUCUUCUUCUUCUUAUUCUAAUGUUGACACUACUUCCACUGUAUUGAUGAACUCCUCCUCCGGGAAGAGGAGCUGCAGAAUGGGGUCAAAGUCGUAUUCAUUUGUCUCUGAUGAUCAAACCGGAGAUUGCAGAGAUGAGGUGCUUGAAGGUAUAUUGAAUAGCCUAAACAAGUCUGAGGAGAAACCAGUUGCUGGCCCGAAAACAUAAUAGUGCCAAAACAGCAGUUUCCUUAUCUUCUAGUAGUACUGUGGUAGUAUGGAUGAUAGCCGUCUCCUCUUUUGGUCCUUUUUGUCUGGGUAGAUCAGCUUUAUUUUAUUAGAAAAAUGUUUCUUUUUUCUAAUAUGAAAAUUUUUCAGUAAAGAUUGACGAUGAGUGGAGUAAAUCAGGAAAUAAAAAGAAAAUUAGGUCACAUUUUAGUUGAGCAGGAGAGGAGGACUCGAGCUGCAACCACAAUAUUGUGUUUUAUGCGCAUGACGAUUCUGAUGACUACAUUUUUCAUCUCACCAGCUUUAGAAUACACUGUUUUUCUAUGCAAGUGUGCUGAAGCAGAACAGCGAAUGACAAAAA